AUGUCUGUUAAUGAUAAGGAAGUGAUCCCAACAAUAUCCGAUAGGCUAUCGAACGCCGUGAAUAUUCUGGACAGAAGGGCAGCUAUUAAGGCCCUUAAAAACUUCGCCAAUUAUUAUAGAGAAGAUAUCAUCCUAUACUCAUUAAAGAAUAUCCUCAAAUGCUUCAAAAGAGAUCAAUUAGACAAAGAAAUCACAAAAAAUGUUUUGCAGUGCCUUCUUGUUUUAUUCAUUAAGAAUAGCAGCUCCAAGGAAGAUACCAGCUGGCUUUCAAACCAAUCAAGAUUCCAGAAUGGUAAAUAUUUGUCCCCUUCCGUGGUCUUAUCUCAAGACGUUUCAAUAGAUCAAUUUUCUUAUUUAAUAGCAGAUGAGUUGACUCAAUCUGAUCUCGAAAUAACGCAGUUGAUCAUUAAUGCGUUGGAAUUUAAUGAUUUUUACAUUUCUCUAUAUUCAUUACAACUACUUCAAGCAUUGAUUUCCACUAGACCUCAAAAGGCCAAAGAAAUUAUUUCUUCCAUUCCAAUAUCUAUUCCAAAUAUUGCCGCUAAUAUUGAUUCAGAUUAUGAUCCUAUAAGAAAUGAGUCUAUCCUUUUAUUGAUGGCGAUUGUUAAUAACAAUUACAAUUUACAGAAGAUGGUCGCUUUCCAAGAUAUCUUCCCAAAACUAUUUCAAAUUAUAGAUGCAGAGAGCGCAAUUUCUCUGAAUAGUAUUGUCCUACAAGAUUGCUUCACUUUGAUAUAUAACUUAUUGGACUCAAAUGUUGUCAAUCAGAAAUUGUUCAUUGAAUCAGACCAUUUGAGGAAUUUAUCUAACUAUAUUGAAUCUUUUACUGUUCCUGAGGCCAUGUCUAUUAAUAUCAAUAACCAGAGACAAUUAAUUGAGAAUAUUGGUAUGAUAUUGAAAAUUGUAUCUAAUUUAUUUAUUUCUAGACAGAAUUCUAUUGAUUUUUCGGAGAAAAUUGAAUCUUCUGGAAUUUUGAUCCAAAUCCUCAAAAUAGUUUUCCUCGGAUAUAUUCCAAACCAGGUCAAAUCAACCGCAUUGUUCACAUUGGCAGAUAUCAUAUAUUAUUCGGAUGAAUUAAAGGUCAAGUUGGCCACUUUUGAUGUCCCUUAUUUGGAUGCUUCAUCCCCUACUACAUCAGACACAGCUGCAAGUAUGCCAUUAGUUCCUGUUUUGCAACUAUUAUUAAACUGGUGUUUGUUCAACAACAGUAUUCAUAUAUUUGACAUCAGAUUAGGAUCUUUCCAAGUUUUAAAGCAUUACUUUGCGAAUAACUUUGAGUUUAGAAAGCAUUUCUUGAUGCAGCAAAUCGAUAUGUUUGACAAGUUGACCGGUGGCAAUAGUUUUAUCAAACCUGACAAUUUACUUGAUAAUAAAGAAGCAAAUGAGGAGAUUGAGUUGAUAGAAGCCUUUAAUUCUCAAAAGAUUCCAAUUGGAAAUAUUUUCACUACAUUAUUGGAGUAUGACCAUGAAAUCAAGUUGAACCCAUACAAAGUCUGGUUUGCCUCCUUAAUUUUGAUAAAUCUUAUUAAUGGUAAUGAGGAAGAGGAAACUGGCGGGAAAGAUGGCGGUUAUAAUAAAAAAAAUGAGUUGAAGAGAACUAUCCAGGAGUUUAAACUCAAAAAUUUUGCAACUGCAGAUGAUGAUUUAUUUGAUGAUUUUUUCAACGAUGGAGAUAAUGAUUCCAAGGAUGAGGUAUUAACUCCAGAAAGUUCUAGUAAAGGAGAACCAGAUAUAGCCGGAGAUACAGCACCGCCAACUGUUAGCAGCUUGGGAAGUUCGCCUGUCCAAGUAGCACGUAAUUCAGGGGAAUUAUCCUCAGAGAGCAAGGAUCACGAUUACGUGGAAGUUGAAGCAAUUGAUGGAGCAUCGAAAAUGAUUGUUGACGAAGAAAGUAGUAUAGAAUCACUAAGGAAAGAUGAUGAUUCUGAAAGGGUCGAGACUGAUGACGAAAAUGUGCCUAUAUCUGAAGCUAUUGCAGCUGAAGUUGAAGUAGAUGAUUCUACAAGCAAGGAGGAAACUAUAACGAUACAAGAUAAAGAUAAUGAUGAAAGAUCCAGCGAAGAAUCAGAGUUUAAGGAGGAACAUGUUUUGACAGCUAUUGAUUCCAUGUUUGAUCUUCUUAUAAGUUCCCUUUCCUUGACAGACAGACGUGUUGGAAUUUCAUAUUUGAUGCUUCUUACUCUUUAUUUUUUUGAAAAUACUCAACUCAUAAAGACAUUUAUGAGAAAUGAUUUACUCAAUAAGACUGAUUAUUUGAAGAAAUUGAUGAUUUUUUUAAAGCAAGAACGGAGUAAUAUUUGCGAGGAAGAUGCUAUCAUUUCUGGAAUGAUCUGCGGUUUGUUAGGUGUAAUUUACGAUAGUUGCCCAAGGUUUUUGGAAGAUGAUGGGGGGAUUAAUGUUAGAUUGUCUCUCCACGAACUUUUUAUGAAGAUUGUUGGUGUUGAUAUAUACCAGAUCACCUUGAGAAACUUCAAAAAACAUCCUCUUGUCAAGAAUUACGAAGAUUUUACUACAGUUUUUGAAUCAUCUGACAUUGCAUCAAUUGAAAAGGAUAAUACUGGCUUGCCGAAGAUUUACUUUUGUGAUUUGUAUAUUGACUCAAUUAUUAAGGAUAAUUUCCAAAGAAUUAUUAAUAGUUGGGGAAAUGAUCCAAAUUCUGAUCCAAAUGGAAAAUUGAAAUACGCUGACUUUUUGAAGUUAAACAGUGAACUCCAUAAGUUGCAAUUGGAUCAUGAUUCAGAAUUGAAAUUGAAGGAUAGAUUGAUCGAAGAGAAGGCUGAAUUAAGCAGAGAGUUAGAGGAAACUAAGAAGCAGCACAGAUCCAAUUCUGCAAAGCUUAUUGAACUUCAAAAUGAUGCAAGGAAAUUGAAUACAUCAAAUGAGGGACAUUUAUCUAAGAUAUCAGUUUUAAAUAACAUAGUUUCCAAACUCAACACUAAAAUUGCCACAUUGGAAAAUGAUAUCAGAGAAAUGAAUAAAAAACUACAAAAGUUAGAAACUGAAAACCAACAAUUGAUGAAAGAAAAGGAAAAUUUGAUCAACAAGAAUAAAAAAGCUGAAGAUGGUAUUAAUAAAAUGUCAAGGGAGUUAUUCCAGCUCACAAAGAAAGACCAGGAUAAUUCAAAUACUAUUUCUCAACUUAAGAAAAAAGCAUCGGCAGAUACUAAGAACUUUGAGAAUAAGAUUUCCCAAUUAGACAAGAAGGUUACAAACCUAGAGCUGAAUGUCAAGGAAUUUGAAGAGAAAAAUAAUGAAUUUCUUGACCAGAUCAAGAAGUUGGAAAAUGAGAAGACUGAGCUCCAAAGAGGUUUUGCCAAUUAUGAACGUAAUUUAAUUAAUGAUUUGAACUCUAUGUCCACUAAAUUGUCCAAUGCGGCCUUUGAAAAAGAGAAUUUGAAUCACACUAUUGCCACUAUGACUAAUGAAAUCAAUAAGUUCAAGAAGCUCGUGGCUGAUAAUGAAAUUCAAGUGAAAGAAUACGAACUUAAGAUAAAUCACUUGUCAACGGAAAAGCAGUCAUUGGAAGCUCAGUUGAUUGAGCUACAAGGAUCUCAUGAUGACCAAAACGCUAAUUUUGCUAUUUCACAGAAUUCUUUUAAAAGCAAAAUUGAGGAAUUAACAUCUUCAGUUGCUUCUUUAACCCUGGAAACAGAUAGUAAGGCCAAAGAGUUGAAUGCCAAAAUCUCCGAAUUAGACUCCUUACAAAAAGAGAUUAAAGAGAAGGACUCUGAUAUUGAAACUUUGAGAAAGGAAAAUGUGGUUUUAGUAAAAGCCGCAGAAGAUAAAGAUUCUGAGUUGUCUCGUUUACAAAGUAAAUUUAAUGAUUCUACUUCAAAGGCUACCGGGUUGAAAAAUCAGCUAACUGUACUUAAUGAUAAAAUUAAGGAUUUAGAGUUACAAGUGAGCUCUACUGGAAAUUCCAACAAUGAAUUGAAGAAAGAGAUUGAAAAUAACAAUAAUCAGAUGACAAAUAUCAAGAGAAAAUAUGAAGAAGAACUUCGUACCAUGAAUCUCGAAAAGGAUGAGUUGGAAAAGAAAUUGAAGGAAAUUGAAGAUGAUUCGGAUAUGAAAAAGAAACAUAUCUCAAACUUGGAAAAAGAAUCAAAAUCUCAAAAUGAAAAGAUUGAAAGCGCCAAUGUCGAUUUGGAAAAGAAAACACAGGAAUUAAAUGAAUUAGACCAGAAAUUGAAGUCACAUGAGGCGUCUUUGAAUGAUAACGUAUCAGCCAAUGAAAAGUUGUCCAGAGAAAUCGAAGAAAAUAAGACCCUGAUGAAGAAUUUGGGCGCUCAAAUCGAUGAUCACAAAUCAAAAAUUUCUUCAUUGGAAAAAGACAACAACAUUAAGGUGAAAAAUAUAACUGAUUUGGAGAACGUAGUUAGAGAUCACAAAAAUCAGUUGAAGAAACUACAAAAGCAUGCCGAUGAUUAUGAGGCUAAAAUUGGUCUUCUAAAUAAGGAUAUCGAGGUUCGUGAAGAGAAGAUUAACCUGCUAAAAAAAGAUGUAGCUGAUGGUAAGGGUCACAAUCUGGAAUUAAAUAAGGAAAUUGAUGAGCAUAAGGGGACCCUUGAAUCUUUAAAAAAGCAGUUUGAAGAUUUUAAAAAGAAUUCUGAGGAUUCUGAAAAACAAAUUCUGUUACAUAAAAGCUCCAUUGAGAGCCAUCAAAAGGAAAUUGAGACCUUGAAUUCUGCCAUACUGAAAGAAAAAGAUAAAAUAAAAAAGUUGGAAAAAUCUUUGGCGCAAUCAAAAUCUGAAACUUCCAAGAGUAAUGAUAUUAAGAAAUCUUUGCAAGAGGAGAAACAGAAGCUUCUUGAUGAUAUCUCGAAAUUGGAAUCUGCUAUUUCUAUGAGUGACAGCAAGAUUUCUUCACUUGAAUCUGAUAUUGAGGAAAAAAAUGACACGAUCACUAGUUUGGAAACUUCUAUAAAAUCUGAUAGUGACAAAAUUAACUCACUUGAAGAUGAAAUUAGACAGGAUCAAUCCAAGCUUGAAUCGCUAUCAAUUGAUCUAAAAUCAAAAGAUGAAAAGAUUAUAUUACUUGAAGAUGAAAUCAAACUUAGGGAAUCCGAAAUUGAAAAACUCAAAAUUACCAUGGAUGAAACGAAAGAGUUGGACGAGGCAGCUAAAGCGGAAUUGGAAGCCAAAGAAAAAGCUGCUAAAGAAAAGCAUAACAGGGAAAAGUCUGCCAGGGAGCAAGCAAACAAGGAAAAGUUGGCUAAGGAGAAGGAGGCGAGAUUAGCAGCUUUGAAAGAAAAGGCAGAGAAAGGGAAGGAAUUACAAGAAAAAGUAGAUAAAGUAAAAAAAUUAGAGAUAUCAAUUAAAGAGAUGGAUAAAAAGGCCAAAAAGGAGAAAAUAUUGUUGGAGAGUCUAUUGAAGGAAAAGAAUGCUUUAAAGGAAACUAUAAAAUCUUCAGAUGAUAAAGUUAGCAAAUUGGUUGAUGAUUUGAAAUUCAAAGAUGAGGAGAUUGAAAAAUUGAAAGCCGCUAACGCAAAUUUGAAAUCCAGUGAAGAUGAGUUGAAUAACUUGUUAGAAUCGCAUAAGGCCGAAGUUUCCAAAUUAAAAGGUUCUAAUAAGGAGUUGAAAUCAACCUACAAAUCGAAAAUAGCUGCAUAUGAGAAACAACUCAGUGAGAAAGCUUCCCAUUUAAAGGACGCUGAGAAAUUGAAUUCUGAGAAUGAGAGUGUCCUUAAGUCGUUGAAAUUGAAAGAAAAACAACUAGCUGAGGAACUCAGCUCAUUGAAGGAUUCCAAGGAUGUUACUAUUAAAUCUCUUCGGGAAGAAAAAGAAGACAUUGCUCGCACGAAACUGACUUUGAUCGAGAAAUUAGAAAAUACAGUGGCUGAGAAAGAUAGAGAAAUCAGUGAAUUGAAGUCUAGUUCAGGCUCUGAAGUAGCGUCCUUGAAAGUAAUGAUUUCUUUGAAGGAGAAAGAACUUGAUGGUUUGAAAAAAUCAGUCGAUGAAGAGAUUACCAAAAUAAAACAGUUAAACGAAAAGGAAAUGAGUGAGAUUUGUCAAAAAAAAGAUAGCGAGAUUGAAGAAAAGCAAACUGAGCUAGCAGAAUACAAAGAAAUGAAGGAAAUAGAAAUAGAAAAAGCAAAGGAUGAGCAUACUAAGGAGUUGGAAAAAAUUGGAGCUAUUAGAGAUCAUCUUGCUGAUGAUUUGAAAGAAUUAAAAGAAAGCCAUAUACCUGCCAAAGACAAGUUGAUUGAAGAAUUGAAAGAAUAUGCCGAGUCUCAUUCUACCAUUAAAGAGAAGGAAAUUUCAAAGUUGAAAGAAAAAAAUAGUGAAGAAAUUAAAGAAUUGAAGUUGUUGAAGCAGCGUGAGAUUGAUGGCCUAAAAGAAUCAUAUCAUAGCAAGUUGUUAGAGAAUCAAAAGGAACUUACUGACUUGAGAGAGUUGAACCAGAAAAAACUUCUUAGUAAAAAUAAAGAAUUUGAUGAAUUGAAAAAUUCCACAACAAAAAUAAUAUCUGAGAAAGAGACUAAGAUUACUAAUCUUGAAGAUAUUAUUGUUCAAACUAGCAAGAAGGAAGAAGACGUUGUUCCGAAAUCAGAAAUGGAUGAUUUAGUGCUUUUAUUGUCAGAAAUGGAUGAUAAGUUGAAGAAGUAUAAAAGUAAAUUGAGAGAUUUAAAUGUUGAAGUAUCUGAUGACGACGGUGAUGAAGACUCAGAUGAUGGAUCAGAUGAAGAUUCAGAUGAGGAUUGA